AUGAGCGCACCCAGACAGUCGUCGCCGUUAUCGGCAGAUCUGGAAAUACCCUGUCCAAUCCUUCAAUCAUUGAGCGAUAAAUCAGAUGUCAAGGCACAAGGAGCUGCGUCAGACAAAGUGUCGCGCAUGGACAGCAUCCAAGAAGAAUCUCCAGAGCCAGAAGACGACCCCUGCCAACCAUGUUUGCAUACGCCUUUGGCAGCUGGUGGGAAGAUCCAAGACGACCACACCAUUCAAAGUGGUUCGUCUGAAGCAAUUUCCGAAUAUGUUCUGAAGAUCCGAGAGGCCAUAAAGUUGCAGGGCCAAACGCAAAACGAGCAACCAGAGGAGCAUGGGCGCGAAAGUGAGAAGCUGGACUUUCACAUCAAAGUUGGCGGCAAAAGGACGCCGAUGUCGCUGCUCAAGAGAGCGACGGAGCGCGGAAGGACUGUGGUGGCGAACAUCAACUCCCGAGUCCACAGGGUAUCAAGUGUUAUCUCUGAGCGAACAGCGGGCAAUUCUGCACAUGCUGAAGUGACGCCCAAGGGACAGAAGCACACGUCGCUCCUCCAAGGCUUGGAAGAGAAAAAGGGUGUCUGUAUCCUCAAAUCUCAUCAGAGGAUAUCAGUUGUCUUCUCUCGGAUGCGGACAAAGUCGCCUGAACAAGGCCAGGAAAAGCCGAAGAUCAAGAGCAAGAACGGUAAAUCAGCUUGCAGUGUUGGGGCAGGGGAAUCCCCAGGAACGCAGCAUGUCGCAUCCUUUGAGAAAUCGUAUGCCGGCGAUGAAGAUGACGAUGACGAUGACGACGACAAUAGUGACGAUGGCAGCGAAGCUGUGGGCCUACUCUCAGAUAGAGGGUCUGCCUCGUUUCGGUCGGACAGCUUUGAUGCGCGCCAUUUCUAUACACCAAUGGUUCCCUCCGGAUUGCGGCGCGAUUAUGAAUAUCGCCUUCAUAGAUCACGGUUCAGGCGUUCCAUCACUUUUUCAAGAGAGCUGGCAGUGAAAAGUGUCCAGAAAGUCAUAUAUUAUGUCGACAAUGCUCUGAGCGCACGAAGGAAGAUGAGUGGAUGGUCAAGACUCGAGCAUUGA